AUGCAUGAGACAUCCCAAAACGAGUUGGUGAAACUGAUUCCCCAGCUUGCCAUCCCAUACUAUUAUGACGAUGGGCUACCUCUGUACUUUACCAGAGAAGGUCGAGCUGGAUCCCAGUUCAAGGCGAAGAAGGUAGCGGACGAGUUUGCGGAUUAUCUCGAGUGGUAUUAUGAAACCAAUCCCGAUGCAGAGGAUCGCCCCGUCAACGACUUUGUCAGAGAGUUUGCUCUCCAACACCAGUUGAUCACCGAGGAUGAACGGGAUUGGGCCCCGCAGGCUGUCCGCGAGGUGGAACUGUGGAUCGGCACAAGUACCGAUCAAGCCUCGUCCAAGCAUUUGUCGUAUUUCAUCACAGAGCGCAAUCUGUACAUGAAAGGUGGGUACGAUCGGAUCGUCAACUGGACUGCGGAGCCUCUCCGCGCCGAUCCCAGCAUCAUCCGACAGAACCACCAAGUCGAAAAUGUGGAGUGGAGCGAAGACGGGGCCGACCAGGCCCGAGUUCAAUACAAGGAUGUCGAAGGAAACAUCGGGUUCCUCGAAGCAGACGCAGUGAUUAUGGCCAUCCCCUUGGGCGUCUACCAUCAUGAUCUCAUUUCCUUCACUCCGCCUUUGCCGAGUGACAUCCAAGAGGGCAUGUCCAGGUUCAGCUACGGCGCCCUGGGCAAGGUAUUUUUCGAGUUUGCCGAUGUUUUCUGGUCAAAGGACAACGAUCAGUUUGUCUUUUACCCAUCUCCAGAGGAGUCGGAUACGUCAUCCAAAUCAUCCAUGGACUCUCAGACCAGCAUGAGUUCCAUCAUUGAAAAGGACAACAUCCUCAACUACGCCACUGUGACGAUCAAUCUGUGGAUUAUGACGGGGGCCAACGAGCUUUGCGUACAGAUCGCGGAACCACUUACUCAACGCAUCGAAGCCAUGCAAGAUCCCAAGGAGAUAUACGCAUUUUUCGAACCGCUUUUCAAGUUGUAUCGCACAGAGCCAUACAAGGCUCUGCCCCGGUUGAUCAAUAUUGAAACAACACAUUGGACCCAAGACCCACUGGCUGGAUAUGGCAGCUAUUCGGCCGACAAGGUCGGGGAUGACCCGGAGUUACUUAUCGGCGCCUUGGAGAAACACAAGGGAAGUCGGCUGCAAUUUGCGGGUGAGCAUUGCACUCUUGUUGGAAAUGGCUGCGUGCAUGGUGCGUUCAAGACGGGUGAAACCGCUGCUAUGAACCUACUCGCGAGCUUUGGCAUCCCGUUCGAUGGUGAGAAUGACAUCGGAAUGAAAUGA